UUGGCAUACUUGAGGAGAACCCCUUUCUGUUUGCCAGGCUUAGCACAACAACCAAUCUCCGUGAGUGUGACUGCCUCAGAAGAUAUGCAGAAGAGAGCAAGGCCAAAAACCCAGAACUGCUGAGAUCAACAAGGCUGAGGAAACACGUCGCUACCUUAUGUCAGCUUCUCGACCUCAGCAAUCAGGAACUUGAGCAAGUUGCUCGUUUUAUGGGACAUGAUAUCCGAGUCCACUGCGAGUAUUAUCGACAGACAGAUAAAACAUUCCAAGUGGCCAAGAUUGGCAAACUUCUGAUGGAGCAUGGAGCAGAGUCACUGAAAGGGAAGAGUCUGCAGACACUGGACUCCGUUAUCAGUGGCAAAAGACACGCAGCCACCCCAACUAAAGAUCUGAAAGGUGUCAAAAAGAGAAGGACGUCAGAUGCAGGAAUUCAACAGGAAGCUCAUGAAGAUGGACUGGUGCACCAGGAGAUAGGUGGAGGACAAAUGGAGAGAACUGCAGAAAAACAUGAUGAUGAUGCUCCAGAAAGGGUAGUCAAGAACCAAGGUAAGAGACCCUGGAAUGAACAGGAGAGGACGGCAGUCAAACGACACCUUGCCAAGUUAAUCACCCUAAAAAUGGUUCCAGGAAAGCAGGACUGCCUGAUGUGCAUUGCCAAAGAGUCUCCAGUCCUAAGUGCGCGGACGUGGAAAGACACCUCACGGUGCUGAAAGAGGACAGUCAGAAACUGAAUGAUAAGGAAGACAAAAAUCAUCAUGAUUUCAUGACUAGGGGAAAAUCCACUAAGAAGACUUCCUCACAAAAAAGAGUUCAGAUAACCAAAUCAAACGGUUUAUUCACUUGCUGUCAGUGUGGAAAGUGUUUUAGUCAAAAAAAAAAACUUGUACUCCACAUGAGAGUUCACACUGCGGAGAAGCCGUUCACCUGCCAACAGUGUGGAAAGAGCUUCACAACCGAACUAAACCUUAAGAAACACAUGAGAGUUCACACUGGAGAGAAGCCGUUCACCUGCCAACAGUGUGGGAAAAGUUUCUCUCAAAAAGGAAACCUUAAAGUCCACAUGAUGGUUCACACUGGAGAGAAGCCGUUCACCUGCCAAGAGUGUGGAAAGAGUUUCACAGCCGAACUAAACCUUAAGAAACACAUGAGAGUUCACACUGGAGAGAGAUCUUUCACCUGCCAAGAGUGUGGAAAGAGUUUCACUCAAAAUGGAAACCUUAAAGUCCACAUGAGAAUUCACACUGGAGAGAAACCUUACAUUUGCACCCAAUGUGUAAAGUGUUUUGCACAUAAAAACACCUUUAAUUACCACAUGAACAUUCACAUUCAAGAGAAAUCUUUCACCUGCCGAAAGUGUGGAAAAAGUUUCACUGAUAAACAAAGCCUUGAAGUCCACAUGAAAGUUCACACUGGAGAGAAACCUUAUACUUGCUCUCUGUGUGGAAAGAGUUUCACACAAAAAAAAAGCCUUAGUCACCACAUGAAAAAUCACAAUGGAGAGAAGUUGUUCGCAUGUGAUCAGUGUGGAAAGAGGUUUCGUUAUAAAAAUAGCAUCAGCAAGCACAUGAGACUUCACACUGGAGAGAGACCUUACACCUGCAAACUGUGUGGGAAGAGCUUCACACAAAAAGGAUCUCUUAAGAUUCACCUGAGAAUUCACAAAAGAUAGAAACCAUUCAAAUGUGUGGAAAAUGACUUGCAUGUAAAAGAAACCACAUGAGGAUUCACAUGAUAGAGAAGUCAUUCAUAUG